AUGUUUCGCCGCAUUCUCGUGGCCAACCGCGGUGAGAUCGCCUGCCGCGUCAUCCAGACCGCCAGGCGGCUCGGCGUCGAGACUGUGGCCGUCUACUCAGAGGCGGAUGCGCGAGCCAUGCACGUGCGGAUGGCGGACGCGGCGUACUGCAUCGGCAGUGCGGCGUCGUCCGACUCGUACCUGCGCGGCGAGCGCGUGCUUCAGGUCGCCGCCGACUCGGGCGCCGAGGCGAUCCACCCCGGGUAUGGCUUCCUCUCUGAGAACGCCGACUUCGCUGAUGCGGUCGAGCACCCCGUGACGGAGAUGAUCACCGGCGUCGACGCGGUCGAGCUGGCAGCUCCGAGCUCCGUGCCAUCUCCCCUGAGCCCCCGCCCCCGGCCGCGGCUUGGCAAGCUCGUGCAGCUGCUCGUCGCCCCCGGCCAGCGCGUCGCGCCGGGCGAGGCGGUCGCGGUGCUCGAGGCGAUGAAGAUGGAGCACACGCUCGUCGCCGCCGCCGAGGCGACCGUCGACGUGCUGCACGCCGCCGCGGGCGACGUCGUCGCGCAGAAGGCGCUGCUCGUCACGUUUGCCACCGAGGAGGCGGCGUGAGCAGGGCCGAGGGGGGAGAGAGGCCCGCAGCGAGGCCGGAGGCUCGCGCGGUUGUUGCUGGCACGUUUGCCUGCCGGUGGGCACAGGGGGAGCCUCCGGUUCCCCGCGCGCGAGAGCGAGAGAGAGGGGGCGGCGAGAGCAUGGUGUAGUUUGCUGGUGUUGCGUACGAGGAGUGUACUGGAGUGCGCAGGGGGGCGGGGCUGUCAGCUCACGGGGGUGCUGGCGGAUGCUCAUGCUGCCAGCAUAUCGUCCGUUCGUCGCGUGUGUGUGGGAUUUCACUAUGUCCUCCUCGAGCGGGAUGGAUGGCGCCCUGGGAGGGUACACAGCAGCUUCGGCAGGCCGCUGGAUCUCUCCGGCGAUUCUCUAGAGGGUAUGGAGGCUC